CUAUUCAGCAUCUUGAUAAAGUUCGUUGGCAUGACAAGCAAAUUCGUGUUGCAACAUCAAAGCAUAGUAAUGUUCAGAUGCCAAAAGAAGGGCAACCGGAUGCUGGAUUAACACGUGAUUAUUCACAAUCAUCAUUGCAUCGUUUUAAAAAACCUGGUAGCAAGAAUUAUUUGAAUAUUUAUCCACCAAGUUCGACACUUCAUCUUUCUAAUAUUCCACCAAAUAUUACGGAAGAAUUUCUUACAAAUGCUUUCGAACAACGUGGCUACAUCCCUAAAGGCUUUAAAUUUUUCCCAAAGGAUCACAAAAUGGCUUUGCUACAAUUGAAUGACGUAGAAACAGCAAUUAAUGCAUUAAUCGAAAUGCAUAAUUUUAAACUAGCCGAAAAUGCGCAUCUUCGGGUAUCAUUCUCAAAAAGUGGUAUAUGA